CGUAUAUAUAUAGGUAUGUGACGCUAUUCAAUUCACAUUUUUUCUCUCUCUACAACGUUGCGAUUUCUCCGACACUAAAAUCCAAUCCUCCUUCCUCACCAACUGACGCCGCGGCGCUCGAUAUCUCCAUCGAUCGCAUCGAUCCGUUAUUAAGUUUUGCAGAAAUUAGAGCUUAAAGUUGCAGACAUGUCUCCAGCAUCCAAGGCUAAGUCUAAAGAUAAGAAGACUGGCAAAGAAGCUCCAAAGAAUUCUCUAAAGCCUUUGAGUCAUGUUAAUGCCAGUAGUGGGACCACAGCAAGUGGAUACAAUCCUGUUUCAAGAACAUUUCAUACAUUUGAAUCUGCACCAGUGCCUACGGCCAGUCCACUUCAUGUUAAUGGUCGUUUCCGGAAUAUAGAUGAUACGGAUGAUCAUAAUGGAUGUUCAUCAGGGACGGGCAUUGAGUAUGACUCUAUUUCCAAUAAUGGUAGUUGGUCUGGCGACUCUGAAGACCAUAAAGAAAAGUCAUCACAGCCGCUUACUCGUCAGGAUAUAAUACCUGGUGCUGACAAUGACAAAAGAGAGAAAAUACGUCAGAAGAAUGAGAGGAAACAUCAGCGUCAAAAGGAGAGGCGAGCGCAGGAGUUGCAUGAACGGUGCUGCAGCUAUCUCAUGUCGAGGAAGCUGGAAGCUCUGGCGCAGAAGCUUGUUGCUAUGGGUUUCUCCCAAGAGCGAGCGGCAAUGGCUCUUAUUAUGAAUGAAGGCAGGUUAGAGGAAUCAGUAUCCUGGCUUUUUGAAGGAGGUGAAGAAGACAAGAACUCGGAAAACAAUCUUGAUGGUGGUGGUAAUUUGAAAAUUGACAUAUCAGAGGAGCUUGCUCGCAUUACAUAUUUGGAAAUUACAUAUAAGGCUUCCAAACAAGAGGUGGAAAGAGCUGUAGUAUCCUGUCAGGGUGAUCUUGAAAGGUCUGAAGAGACAUUAAAGGCACAAAAGGAAGAGACUCCUGCUGUCUUGUCUAAGCCUGAUGAAAAUGGCGAUCCUCUUACUGUUACAAAUAGCAAGCUGGCAGCAAUUAGUCAGAAUCCAUUAAGAAUACAACCAAAGUCUACUUCAGUAACCACUGUACAGCAGAGAAGGGAUGACAAAGAUUUCAACUACAUCAAACUUCCAGCAACAGUAGAGUCUGUAGUGGAUCCUGUGACCAAAAGCAUGCAGGUGGUAAAGAAAAUACCACCUAAAACUGACUGGGUUAAACAACAGCAGACUGUGCCUGUAGAGAAAAGGUGGGUAAGUGCAGGAUCAGAUUCUUCUGCAUCAUUUUCUUUAGCAUCACGGUCUCUGCCAUCACCAACUCCAGCCAAGACGGAUGUUCGCUAUGUUGGUGUUGGAAAUGAAUUGAAGAAGUUGCAGCUAGGAUCAGUCAAAGAACCGGUCAUCGUCAUGCAGCGACCUCAAUCCAUUAAUGCAAAGCAGGUUCCUAGCACAAGUAUUAGCUCGUCUCCUCCUGGAGAGAGGGCUAUGAGUUGGCAUCCUAGUUCUGUUGAAACAGUGAAGCCACAUGGGUUUACGCCAUCUGUUGCUGUGUCUAAUGGUUUUAGCUCAGAUCAGUCGUACAGCCCACCUCAAUAUCAGUCGUCACAGCAGCAAUUUAUGUCCAGUAGUGGCCCAAUUGAUUCAUCAGGAACUAAAAAAUCAAACAGUUACUGGGGUCAAGGCGGAUCACCAGCACUUGCUGCACCUUCCUCCCUUGGUCUCUUCUCCUGCAUUGGUGCCAGUGGCUCAUCUGGGACUUCAUCUCAGGUGGACUGGAGCACCGGCAGCUCAAUGUUGCAAUUUGAUUACACCAACGUUGACUGGAGUUUGGAUCGUGGGUCACUGUUCCCAAGACCAAACCGCCCGUGGACUGGGGCUAACUACAUUCCAACUAACUCUAGCCUGUAUGAUUCAUUUACAUAUGGUGCGGGUUUGAAGUCUACUAUGAGGCCUGGUCUGUCCAAUGGGAAUGCUGCAGCGAUAGAUGGACUAAAUCCCAACGACCUAAUGGCUGGUGGUUCACGGGAAUGGACUUCACCAUUAGAAGAGAAAGACCUUUUCAGUCUACCCAGACAAGUUGUUUCCUCUCCUACACUGUAAGAGAAUGGUGGUGGGUUUUACGAAUAAAGAAAAGGGUGUUGAUGUUGGUGUUUGUUCUUUUAUGCUUUUGGAUUUGUAUUUCAUAUGAAUUGACAUCAUAUCUUAAUGGGAAAAGCAUUACAGUUUCUUUGAUUCA